GUAUAUUCUUCCCGGAACCAAUCGUCGCUGGCCAAUGCACCGAGCCGGACAUAUUUUUCCGACGCACUUGUUCAAAGACGCAACGUUUGAAAUGGCUGUUACCCUACAAACAGAUCUAGGAGAAAUUAAAAUCGAAUUGUUUUGUGAGCGGGCACCGAGAACAUGCGAGAACUUUCUUGCUUUGUGUGCCAGUGGGUUCUACGCUGGCAGUGUCUUCCACCGCAAUAUUAAAGGCUUCAUGGUUCAAACUGGAGAUCCUACAGGCACAGGCAAAGGAGGAACAAGUAUAUGGGGUCGCAAAUAUGAAGAUGAGUUCAGUGAGCACCUAAAACAUAAUGUAAGAGGAGUGGUCUCAAUGGCAAACAAUGGCCCCAACACAAAUGGCUCCCAGUUUUUCUUCACAUAUGCCAAACAGCCCCAUCUGGACAUGAAGUACACAGUGUUUGGAAAGAUUAUCGAUGGCCUGGAGACACUGGAUGAGCUGGAGAAACUUCCCGUCAAUGAGAAGACGUUCCGACCGCUGACGGAAACCCGGAUAAAGGAUGUGACGAUUCAUGCCAACCCUUUUGCUGGAUAGACAGUUUCCUCUUCAAAUGGGCCUUUAGCACAGACGUGGACUCUGGUAUUUCCAAUAAGCCUAUUGAUUCAGUGUAGAGUACCUUUCCAAAGUUAAAAUAGAUAACUUGCCAGAGGCUAGGCAUUAAAUAGAAAGCCCCCAGACGACAACAAUAAACAUAUGGACUCUGAAAUAAACAAUCACAUUUGUGUACCAUCAUUUGCUGUAGCGUAUGGCUUUGUAAAUUCAUGUGUGCGCUUUCCAAUUUCUAACUUGGUCUGCUUAUUGUUUGAUGAAAUGAUUUGCAUUGCAAUUAAAGGUUAACGUUUUUAUCUCCAUCAAUUCAGUUCAGUCCAAAAAGACCACACCGCCUGACUUGGUACAGCUUUGCUAUACCGGGUCUGGUCUUUUUUUAGAUAUUUCUUUUCAUGAUGGGCAAUGUAAAUAUAUUGUCAAUGUUUUGUACUAAAUAAAAACGUUUGUAAAUAAUA